GGCUGAGCACCGUUCUCUCAGUUCCCUGUCACUCACAUUUGUGGUUUCCUCCACGUGACUUACUUGAAAUGAGCUCUUGUCUUCAUUACAAGAAGAAGAAGCGGCCGCACUGACAAGGCGCCGGGAUCCCUAUGACCGCUCUGCCUGACCUGCUCCGCUGCCUGUCACCUCCAGAGCUGGGUGUUAGGGAGUCAUCACUGCCCUCCUGGUGGUGCCCGCUCUUACAGUCUAGCAGACUUCUUUUUUUUUUUUUUAAUUCUAACAAAUUGAGCUAAAUUUGGACUAUUUCAUAUCGGACAGGUGUCAGGGGUGGCCUGGGUACUGUCUGUCUCUAACUGAGGACCCUGGCUUCAUCUUGGUGCUGGUCUUACAUCUUCCUGGAAGUCUCAUCUCAUCUAUAACUAUUUGUGGGCACCACCUCUGUCUCCUCCCACCCAUGGUCUACUGGUCCUUAAGUCAUCAUCUUAUGUGGCUUCAUUGACUUCUGAGCUCCACAGUCUGCACAGGAUGUCACAGCUGUCACCGUCCACCAGCGGCUCUUACCCUAGAAGUGCGCACAACACGUCUGGAUCAGAGGCAGAUGUUCUAUCACAGGGCUCAGACGUAUGUGACAGAAAAGUACGAAGAAGGGAAAAAAACAGAGUGGCCGCCCAGAGAAGCCGCAAAAAACAGACACAAAAAGCUGACAAGCUACACGAGGAAUAUGAAUGUCUGGAGCAAGAAAACUGUUCACUGAAAAAGGAGAUUGGGAAGCUCACUGAUGAACUCAAACAUCUAAGCCAGGUCUUAAAGGACCAUGAACAGAUAUGUCCUUAUCUCCACUGCCCGGUGAACUUUGUGACUGUGCCCAGAAUGACAGAUGCCUUAUCUGGCUGCUUACCUCGAUGAUUCCCAUCCAUGCAUCUGGACUAUUCCUUACUUGGAAGUAUUCCUUUAACAAUGUUUCUCUUAUGGAUUUACCAUUGGGAUUGGGAAAAAAAACCUCUGUGAAGCUUCUGAGGCGUCAUGUGAAGAUAUCCAUGCUUUGGUAUUACAUGGGACGUGUCCUGAGGCCAAAGUAAUUGAUCACUGCUGCCUUAAUUUAUGACUCUCUACUGAAUGCAAUAGUAAUAAGUGAAUGCACUGACAAUGUAAUUGAUAUAACAGACUUUCUAAAUUCACAAUUUGCUAAUUUAGAUCCCUAAUUCUGUGAUGAUUUUUUUUAAUAUAUGUUCUUAUAGUAGUUGGAGCCCUCAGUUUCUGAUACAGGGCACCAAAUUCCCUGCAUUGAUGUGGAAUUAAGGGUCCAUUCACACAACCGUAAUUCUGUGUCCGCAUCUAUUCUGCAAUUUUUUGUGAAUGGUCCCUAAAUAAGAACAUUCUGUUUAGCCGCAACCACCACUAGGGGGAGCUUACUUCGUACUCUUUUAUUAUUAAGACCACUGUAUAAACAGUAUGCAGUAAGCUCAUAGGCUCCCUCUAGUGGUGGCUGUAGGAAGCUAAAAUUGUAUAAUUAAAAGCAUACCUAAACUUCCACAUAGCUUUCCAGAAUAAGCUGCCAUACAUAAACGAUAGAACUAUGUCUGACCGUUAUAUGACUGUAUCUGGAAUUUUUUAGAAGUAAGAAAACCAAAAGACAGCAAACAUAUACCUACAAAUCAUGUGUAGAACCAUAAUCACAAAACCAACCGAGAGCAAUGAACCACACAUGUAAUAUAAGAAAUCUACUCUAUUAUGAUCAUUCCAAAUAGUAUACAAAAUGACAAUAUGACAUAAUAAAAGCGAUGCAGACGAGUGCUAUGAAAUAUAUUCCCCCUAGGUUACGGGCAGCAUGUACCACCUAUCUUAUGGCAUCUAUCAGCAAAAAUUGAUUCAAUUCAAGAGGUAUAGCAUGAAUUAUAUCAUAUUGCCCAAUAUUGUGUAGGUUAUAUAAUGUGGUAACCUAGUGGUGAUAAAAACCUGAUUGCAGCAUACCACAGAUAGCAAACGAUAGUUAAGGUAUAUAUAUAAUCCAGAAAUCCGGUUCAAUUAUCAUACCAAAAUGCUAUUCAAGGGCAUAAGCAACUCAAAAUAACAGCCAAACAUCAAGGUAAAACCACAUAAUAUAGUAACAUACUGACCCUAAAAUCCAGGGGGGGAUCAGAAUUCCCCGACGUACGUUUUGCCUUGCUUUUUCAAAGGGGCAUAUCCCUCUGAGCUAUACCCCAAACUAUUUAUCCCCACUACACAGCUGAAAAUAAAAAAUGUGGUUUUACCUUGAUGUGUGGUUGAUAUUUUAACUAUCAUUUGCUAUCUGUGGUAUGCCGCAAUCAGGUAUUUAUCACCACUAGGUUACCACAUUACAUAUCCUAAACAAUAUUGGGCAAUAUGAUAUAAUUCAUGCUAUACCUCUCUGAGAAUUAAAUCAAUAUUUGCUGAUAGAUGUAUUAAGAUAGUUGGUACAUGCUGCCCGAAUCCUAGGUGGAAUAUAUCUCAUAACACUCGUCUGUAGCGCUUUUAUUAUGUCAUAUUGUCAUUUUGUAUAAUAUUCAGACUGAUCAUAAAAAAGUAGAUUUCUUAUAUUACAUGGUUGGUUUAAUUUUUUUUAAGUAUUCUCCUUUGUGUGCUCUGAGCUCGUAGGUGGAGACCAGCUAUAAUGAUGUCUCCCCAUAGAAUACACAUAGCGAAAGCAAAUUCUGUUUUCUGCCUCUAGCUUAGAAUCGCUCAAAAGCACUAUUUAAGACAUUAUAAAGAAGUACUGAGCAGUAUAGAUGUGAAUAAAGCACUUAGAGAUGUAACACCAUUAGCUGCUGAAUCUGCUGAAGCAUUCUUGUGUUGCGUCUGUCUCUCUCUUUCUCUCUGCACUUCCUCUAUUCUCCUCCUGCCUCCCCUAUCUGUAGGCUUCCAUAAGAUGUUUCUUUAGUGAGCAAGCAGCCUGUCUAGGUCACACAAGAUGGAUUUAUUACAACUUACAGAGAGAAAGUUAGUUUUGUAAAGAAUGGGGCGAUAAUCUGAUAACUUUAGGACAAGGGAUUUUUCUCUGAUAAGAUAUAUAUAUAUAUAUAUAU